UCUCCCCAUUCUCAUGUGGACUGCAGAGAGAACAAGACUGCUCAUCUCACUGGCUUGCUGUGGGGAUUACAUGAGACAAGGCGGGUAGAGCUGCAAGCUCUGUGCCUGACCCAAAGCAAACCUGCUAUACUUAUCAGCAAUGUAUGCCAUUAUUAUCAUUAUGAUUAUUAACAUAAUUUUUGACUUGGAAGAGAGCGCCAAGACAGAGGUCUCAGCACACUUGGAAAGUCCUGCGAGGACUCAGCUACAGAAAGUCCAGAGGCAGCAAGUAAAACCCUUCAUGACCCUUGACCACCAGAUUGUCAACCAGACUCUUAAACGGUCACACCCUCCAACCCCAAGCAGUGCACUUCUGGUACAGCAGGGACACCCGUCGCCCGAGAGUGACACUGGCUUCACUGGAAAUCCGCUCACAAAGUUGCUAAGUCUUAGGAAAGAAGAUGACAAUGCGGAAUGGCAUAUGGAGGACGUUAUUGAGGAUAUAAUCGGUAUGGAAUCAAGUUUUAAAGAGGAAGGAACAGACUCUCCUCUGCUAAUGCAAAGAACAUUAUCUGGAAGUAUUUUGGAUGUGUAUAGUGGUGAGCAGGGAAUUUCACCAGUUAAUAUGGGACUUACAAGUGCUUCCUGUCCAAGUAGUCUACCAAUGAAAAGAGAAAUUACAGAAACUGAUACUCGAGCUUUGGCAAAAGAGAGACAAAAAAAGGACAAUCACAACCUCAUUGAAAGAAGAAGAAGGUAUAAUAUUAAUUACCGAAUCAAGGAGCUUGGCACUCUUAUUCCAAAGUCUAAUGAUCCUGAUAUGCGUUGGAACAAAGGAACCAUUCUAAAAGCAUCAGUGGAGUACAUCAAGUGGCUACAAAAAGAACAACAGAGAGCUCGAGAAUUAGAACACAGACAGAAGAAAUUAGAGCAGGCUAACAGGCGGCUUAUACUCCGGAUUCAGGAACUAGAAAUACAGGCUCGUGCUCAUGGUCUACCAACCAUGGCUUCACUCGGCACAGUUGAUUUAGGUGCUCACGUCACCAAACCACAGACUCAUCUUGAACAGAAUUCAGUAGACUAUUCCCAGCAAUUGACUCUGUCUCAGGGGACAAGCCCUGACCUCUGUGAUCAAGCUAUGGCCUUCUCUGAUCCUUUGUCACAUUUCACAGAUUUAUCAUUUAGUGCCGCUUUGAAAGAGGAACAAAGAUUGGGUGACAUGCUACUGGAUGACACAAUAUCUCCGUUUGGAACCGAUCCUCUGCUGUCUGCUACUUCCCCUGCAGUUUCCAAAGAGAGCAGUAGGAGAAGUAGUUUUAGCUCAGAUGAUGGGGAUGACUUAUAAAAAAUAAACAGGCUCAAUUCAUCAACCGGGAAGCAAUUCUAUGCUGGUGCUAUGCAUUUCUGUCCUAUGUUUUAUAUAUUGCCUUGGCUUAAUUUUUCUGAAAGGAAUAUAUUGUUCAUAAAAAACUGAUUAGAAACAACAGAAGAAUUCACAGGAAGAAGAAACAUGGUGUUGAAGAAAUAUUGAGGGCUAAAAGAGAUUUUUUCCUCUUUGACUACGGAGUCCAAAUCUACUUAAAUUUUGUUUUCCUGGAAGGAGGUACAACAUAAGGAAUAGCUCUCUACUGAUGUUGUAAAAGAUGUACUAUUGGAAUUAACAGACUGAAAAGAGUAAACCUACCGAAAUAUACAAAUUUUUUCUAAGUUGUUCACUUUCAUCUCCUUCCUCUUGAACUCUCACAACAUUAGUUUUCAAGAAUCAAGAUCAACAAAUCUGGUGGUUCAUUGCCUUUUUCCACUGUCUGGUGGACAUUGUCUAAAGUUCAAGCCUUAUAUGGGAAAUAAUUAAAGGAUAGAUUAUCUGUCACUUGUAAUUGAAAAGUAAAUCUACAAUAAACAUUAGAAUUUUUCACAAUAAAAUAUAGAAAAUUUAUAAAAAUUUUAGUUUCUAAAAUUAGACCCUAAUUCCCUUAGUCAGUUCAAUUACACUAAUUCUAAAAGCAUCUUUGCAUAUUCAUGGAGACAUGCUCUGUUCAGAAAAAGGAGCACAUUGAAUAAUUUCCUCAAGAAUCUGGGCUAGAAUUUUAUUGCUUCACGCAAACAUAUCCCCACACACAAAGGCACACAAUGCAGGUAGUAUAUGUUCUUUUUUUUCCUUCGCUCUCUUGAUUUUCUAAUCAGCUUCAGAAAUCACAUUCCAAAUCUUCUUUUCUUCAUCAAGAAGAGAUACUGGAUAAUCAAUUUCAGUAAAUAAAAUAUAAAAAGUCUCCCUAGUAGGACAAUUUUUCAGGUGUUUAAAAUUUAUCACUGUCUCCAAAAUUGGAUGUAAAUUAGUUAGUUGAUACAGCUUUUCUUCAAAUUGACAAAAUAUUGAAAAUUGGAUUGACAACUGUUAAAACAAUUAGUAAAAUAGAAACUUUCUUGUUACAUUCAGCUUCGAGUGGAGAAUAAAGUUCCAUUCUCAUAAGUACCUAGAAUACCCUAUGAGCUUUGCCAACUUUGUAAGUUUUUAUUAAGAAUAUUUAUAUCUAUUAUGCUUUACUCAAAUUUUUCUCUUGAGCUUAUUUUAGGAUUGGGAAUUGACUUACCAAGCAUGUUGCCCUGUGCUGGACCUCUGUGAAUGAUCAUCUGAUCAAUGAGUAUUUAUGGAGUGAUACUCGAAAGUGCAAUGGGUCCUGUACAAUGUAGAACAGAUGAGCAAGAUAUGGUCUUACUCCUCAGGGAGUUAACAAGACUACAAGAGAAACAACAACACUUAGAAGACAUACAGAAUUAAAGAUUACAUGGUGCAGCACAAGCUGUAAAUACAGGUUAGAGAAAAUGAAAAUGAAUGAAGGUUGGAGAAUCACAAAAAUCUAUGGGAAGAGCAAAACUGAAUUUCUUUUAAAAGCAUUACUUUGGUGAAGGGGAGGGCAUUUAGGGGAAUAAUAUAAAUCAAAUGAUAAAAGUAAGAAUAAGUUGGGGAGGUAUCUUCAUGGGACGUUCAUUAGAAAGAUCUGGCCACCCUUGAUGAUGCCUGUUGGGAGUCCUGGAGAAUCAUAUUGGCAAGAGGUUGUAGAAGCUCUUGAAAACUAGAAUGAAACGAUAUAGUAGAAACAGAGUUUUUUUACUAGGAGGGAGAAGCCUAAAAAUUAAAAUGCUACUGUAUAUUACUAAUGUGAUUGAGAUGUAAUCUUUCAUGGAUAUUAACUUUGGGAUAAGUUUUUGAAAGGAUGUUUCAGAUAUUACUCACGUGGAAAAUACACCAUCACAAAACUUGAGACUGUAAUGCUAAAGAAAGUGGGAGAAUAAUAAAUCCUUAUGGUAUAAUAAUUAUCUCAGGCUUAGCUUAUAGUAAUAGCUCAGAGUUUGGAGAAUUAAAAUAAUUUUCAUUGUUUGACAUGGCAAAAAAUAAUUUUUAAUUUAUAAGAAUAAUCGUUAAAGCCAGAUAGAAAAAUUUAUCUGAAAUAUGCCACAUGAAAGAGAGGAAUAAGAUACACUUCCUCAAGAAAUUUAAGAGAAUAUUAUAUACUUUUAUGACAAAAUUCCACUUUAUUAUCUGAGGCGAUAAUUUAAUUUGACAUUGCAAGUCACAGAGAAGGAAUAUCUCUUGAGUCCAUGGAAAACACAUCACUUUGAAUAAAGGCUAAUUCUGUUCUCAUUUUAUCCAUUAUUCUCAUUUCUUCAUAUUCUGAGAAGAAUUGCACUGAUGAUGUCAUUACUCUGUCAUCAUUUUCCAUUUUGUUAAAAUGCUGCUACCCAGCCCUGAAACCCAUUCCUCAUAAUCUCAGCAAAUGUGAGAGCUUGACACAGGAUGGUAGAAGCUGGAUGAAAGAGAUCUGGAAAGAGUACUGAUAUUUGCUUCUACUUUCAGAUUACAGCAGCUAUCAGGGGAUUGUAAAAUGGGUAGUGGAUCUUUAAAGGCAGAGUAAAGAGCGGUGCUGUGUCACAGUCGACUGAAAUAGAUUAAAAAAUUGAUUUUAGUCAGUAGUUCUUAACUUUCUAAGGCCUUGAGGAUCUAGUGCAAGUUAUAGACCCUCUUCCCAAAAAAAUACAGAGUUGUGCAUACGGCCCCCAUUUACAUGCACCGAGAGGUUUUAGGGACCUCCUGAAUGUCUCCUUGAAUCCCAGGUGAAGAAUUCCUGCAUCAAGUCUGUUACUAACAGACAGCAUUGUAGCUAUGCAUCUUUCAAGAGCCAAGGACACAGUUAAUGUCGUAUAUAAUGAUGGAGGAGGGAGCCCUGGUUAUCUGAAUAUCAUUAUCCCAACCCCAGUAGUGAUGAGGUUGUGUAGGAAACUGAAACUGUACCAAACACUAGACUAUUCACUAAGGAACUUGUUUACUUACAAAGUAGUCCCUUUAAACAUCCCCUGUUAUAUAUAUACGCCUCCUGUUAUAUACAUAUAUUAUAUAUUUAUGGGUCAGUUUCUUUAUGGUUAUUGGAUAUUGUAAAUAUAUGACAUUAACAUUUUCAAAUGAUACACAUAUAAAUACCAAAGUAAAAAGAACAUAAAUUCAAAAGCAAAUUACUUGAAUAUCUAAGAAUCAAGAGAAAUCCUUGGGAAAAUUGAUGGAUGUCUAGAAUAUUUUUGCAGAAAUGAGACUUAUAACAGUAAAAGAAGCAUAUUGUUUAUCAAAAAACUUUGUCACAAAAAGCAUUGGAUAUCACUGGUCUAUGAAUAUACAAUUAACCAGGUCAUGUUCAUUCAAAGAAUUAAUGCAUAAUUGCAUUACUUGCAUAAUUGCAUCUGUUAAAAAAUAAUUUUAUUUUUAUUAUAUUUAGUUAUCUUUUCAAGAAAACAUCCCAUCCAAUCUCUUUUCUCUAUUGUAAAAUACUGGCCACAUUUUCAUGGAUUUACCUUAAGCAACAUUUCCAACUCCCAAUUAUCUUAAAAUAACGAGUGCCUCCUAUGAAUAGAUAUAGCUCUUCAUAAUCUUUUUUUCUUUUUAGUGUCCUUUCUUCUUGAACUUUUCCCGUUAACUGGAGAAUAUAUGUAUACAGACUAUAUUUCCUCAGUUUACAGAUGUGAUAUCAGUAACUGUAGCCUUCUUUGUGUGGGUAUAAAACCUCUAAAUAAUAAAUAGACAGAUGAGCUGAGGACAUUGAGAAAUAGCCUUCCUCCUCCUUCUUUUUUAGCUCAUUUUUUUCACUCACAUGAGUGUAAAUAAAAUAUUUAAUAGCUCUUAUUUAAAAAAAUUAAAUACAAUGAGUUUCUUGAUUUGGCAUGCUCAUUUGCCUUCAUGUCAGGGGAGAGGUUAGAUUUUAUAAAGUAAAAAAGAAUGUAUUUUUUCUUUGUUUCGAUAGAUUGAGUCUUAUGAGAAUUUUCUUAUACUUCAAGGUAUCGUGAAAAUACUUUUUGUUGUUCUGAUAUUGUGAAAUUUUGAUAUUUAAAUAAAUAAAUGACAGAACUGUUUCAAUGUUUGUAUAAUAUCUCCAGGCUGAUAUUUACUGACCUCAUUAUAUGUAAGAUGUAGAUGAAAACUGGAAUCAAUUAAUCAUUUUGCUGUGUUAUCAGCACUAGAUCAACCAUCUGGAUCUCUUGAAAACACCUGAAGGAUUGAAUUUUGCUUUGAUAUUAAUAAUGGCACAGCCUAUAUGCUACGUGGGAUUACAUCAUUUGCCCCUCCGGUGCCCUGCAUGUUAAAUAUAAGAUGUCAAUUUGAGUUAGUGUAAGUUAAUAUAUACAGAGAUUUCCUUACACUUACUUAAUAAAUACUAAAGACUUUUAGAGUGUUGUUGAUCUAAUGUGUCAUAUGACCUUAUAAUCAUUAUUUAUUGCCUACACCAAUAUUUUAUCAUGUGUAUGAUGUUUAAUUUGUAAACAAAGACGCCAUUCAACAACUGAUAGAAAUAGUUUUCUUAAAAUUUUUCUCUGCUCCAUUUGUUUUUCUGUGAGGUUCAUAGAGAAUUUGAGUGUAUAGAAGAUUAUCAGAAAAUAGUUAUUUUGAUUAAAAGAAGCUCCCACUGGAUUCAACUAAUUUAAUGAUGAAAUACUAUUCUCUGUUUUGUACAUAAAAGGGAACUUUUUAUCUUCUUGCAAAAGGAUUUGUGUACAUAUUUCUACAUAUCCAAAUGAUUUCUAUUGUGUUUUUUACUGAUGAAAUCCUCAGUAAAAUGUCUUUUUACUACAUUGAUCCAACAGGCUUCAAGAAUAAAGUUAAAGACUUUUG